AUGGUCAGUAUGCAACUGCCACAGGCCAGAGCAAGUCCAUCCUCAGCAGGGUGUGCACAAAGCAGAAGCUACGUGCCACCGCCCGAAUGGCCUGAGGUCAGGGCAAGUCCAUCCUCAGCAGGAUAUGCGCCAAGCAGAAGCUAUGUGCCCCAACCCCAAUGGCCUGAGGCCAGAGCAAGUCCAUCCUCAGCAGGGUGUGCACAAAGCAGAAGCUACGUGCCACCGCCCGAAUGGCCUGAGGCCAGAGCAAGUCCAUCCUCAGCAGGGUGUGCACAAAGCAGAAGCUACGUGCCACCGCCCGAAUGGCCUGAGGCCAGAGCAAGUCCAUCCUCAGCAGGGUGUGCACAAAGCAGAAGCUACGUGCCACCGCCCGAAUGGCCUGAGGUCAGGGCAAGUCCAUCCUCAGCAGGAUGUGCACAAAGCAGAAGCUAUGUACCACCGCCCGAAUGGCCUGAGGUCAGGGCAAGUCCAUCCUCAGGAUAUGCGCAAAGCAGAAGCUACGUGCCGCCCGAAUGGGAGGUCAGGGCAAGUCCGUGCUCAGGAGGUACGCAAAGCAGAAGCUAUGUGCCCCCACCCCAAUGGCCUGAGGUCGGGGGCAGUUUGCCUUCAAGCAGUUUCGUGCCGUGGCCGGAGGCGAAGGCAAGCCCCUCCUCAACAGCAGAAAGCCUUGCUUCAACCAGCACAUCCUUGACCCAAUCCCACGCAUCGCCGACGCAGAUAGAGAGCUUUGUGGCACCCAGCCCCCCGCGCAAAGGCUCCACGAAGCUCGGAGACGUGCCGGCCUCGAGCCCGUCCAAAGAGACGGCGCUGGAAGAGCAUGCCGCGCUGCCUGGCAACGAGGUGUGCGCAGACUGCGGCGCGGCCGCGCCUGAUUGGGCCUCGGUCAACCAGGGCAGCUUGAUUUGCAUCGACUGUGCUGGCACUCAUCGUUCUUUGGGAGCGCACGUCUCCAAAGUCAAGUCAGUGAGGCUUGAUCGGUGGAAGCCAGACGAAGUCGCCAGCUUCAUUGCCAAAGGCGGCAAUCGGGAGGUGAAUCGAAGGCUUCGGCUGGCUGGAGCGCCACCACCCCCGGCGAGGUCUGCCCGCCCGCAGCUGGAAGCCCACAUCCGCCAGAAGUACCAAGAAGCAUUCAUCGCCGCGGAGAGGCCAAGGCAACCGAGCGACAGCAUGCACACGAAGGUCACUGGAACAGCUGAAGGCUCUUCCAGUUUCCUGGUGCGCGAUGCCAAGGGCGUGGAGGUCACGGCCGAGGUGCUGGCUCGACCUUCGAUGCCGCGGGAUUUGAGUUGCCACAUGGGCACGACUUGCCAUCAAGGACUAGUGAUCGUCGAUGUUGCCAGCGUGGAUAUCGGCGUGGAGAGAGCCCAAGAUCUGCGGAUGCUCGGGCCAUUGUUCCUCUCCUUGUCGGUAUCUCUCAGCUUGGGGCCAUUGACGGAGCGAACAAGCGCGCGGCGAGGUUCGCAAAAGGUCAGUUGGGAUCCUCCACAGAGGAAGGAGUUGCUCUGGGAUGCGGAGGAGCGGUGGUUGUGGUGUCAUGUCUACGAUGGCGGAGACUUCACGGGCUACGCGCAAUUGGCGGGUGAAGGCCGCAUCGAUUUGCUUAAGCUUUUGGAAGGACGACGUGGGUCCGCGCUGGGCGCAGCGCAGAGUCUGGAGGUGGAGCUCUUUGCCGAGGAUGCCCAAAGUGGAUCUGACUCAGAGGCCAGCCCGACCGGACACAAGGACAAGGACCCUGAGAGUGGUGGCUUCAUUGGAACUGCACAGCUCCAGGUCACCAUUAUCGACAUGACGGGCAUGCUGUCCUCACAACAGCGGAAGCCGAUUACGUCUGCAUCGCCAAGCGGCUCUGAGUAG